AUGCCCUGUCUCCAGGUAACAACGGGUUCAAGGUCCAGGUGGUGGCGCCCCGCUGACCCCGAACAAACAUCGCCGUCUUCGGGGGCGACCCGACCAGCGUUACCAUCGCUGGUUGUAGCGCCGGCUCUCAGUGUACUGCUUCAUAUAGUGUCGCCGACGUCUAAAGGUCUAUUUCACCGUGCAAUAUCAAUGAGCGGGUCUCCGAUCAGCAAGUCUCCUCUAUCGAGCGAUCUAUAUCAUCUCGCCGUUAAACAAGCUCAGCUCCUCGACGGUCCGACUAACAACUCCAAAAUUAUUAUUGACUGUUUGAAGACUAAACCCUGGAGAGAACUUGGAACUUCAGUUCUUGGUUUCUAUGAAUUUGCUUUAGAUCCAGUACGUAUUUGUUAUCCUGUCGUUGAAAAAGACUUCGGUCAAGAACGCUUGUUAGACAUGCAGACGACGGAUGAUACCCGUGAAAACAAGUUCCACGCUGUCCCGUACAUCGCGAGCCAGACAGAGGGAGAGUUCUUCUGGAUGGCAUUUAUUUUAAUGUUUAACCUGACGGUGCGUCACUCGCCGCAGCCUGUCUGGUACUACGAGUUCAGUUUCGUCUUCAACCACAGUCACUAUGAGGAGCCGCUCACUAAGAAACCCAUCGCGGCCGCUCAUCAUGACGACCUCAUAUACCUGUUCUCUCUGAGUUAUCGUACGGAAGGUGCAGACUCCGCCACGGCCGCCUCCACUCCGCCUCACAGACAUGUGGUACAACUUUGCCAAAUACGGAUAAACUAA